AUGUCAUCAUUCCGCGCCGACCUGCCCACGACGCGCCGGCUACUGGCGCAGCCCUUCGCCCGCCCGGCCUCCCCCUCCCUGGUUCCGCGCUCUGGUUCCGCCAUGGAAUCCAACAAGGAUGAAGCCGAGCGCUGUAUCAGCAUCGCCCUCAAGGCCAUCCAGAGCAACCAGCCCGACCGAGCGCUCCGCUUCCUAGAGAAGGCGCAGCGGCUAUACCCGACGCCGCGAGUUCGCGCUCUGAUCGAGUCCCUCAACCAGAAACCACAGACUACCAGUGACCAACCCCAACCCACAGACGCAGCCCACACGACCCACAGGAAAGCAGGUGGGACUGAUGCCCCCUCGGCCAACGGUGAGGCUGGAGGAGGAGAGAGCACCAAAGGCUACACUGCAGAGCAGGUGGCGGCUGUGAAAAGGGUUAAGCAAUGCAAAGAUUACUACGAGAUCCUGGGGGUAAACAGAGGUGCCUCAGAUGAGGACUUGAAGAAGGCCUACCGCAAAUUGGCCCUCAAAUUCCACCCAGACAAGAACCACGCGCCUGGUGCCACUGAAGCUUUCAAAGCCAUUGGCACAGCCUAUGCAGUACUCAGCAACCCUGAGAAAAGGAAGCAGUAUGACCAGUUUGGUGACGAUAAAAGCCAGGCAGCCCGGCACGGCCAUGGGCAUGGGGACUUCCACCGAGGAUUUGAGGCGGACAUCUCCCCUGAAGACCUCUUCAACAUGUUCUUUGGUGGUGGCUUUCCUUCUAGUAACGUCCACGUCUACAGCAAUGGCCGCAUGCGCUACACUUACCAGCAAAGGCAGGACCGCAGGGAGAACCAGGGUGACGGCGGGCUAGGGGUAUUUGUCCAACUGAUGCCCAUCCUCAUCCUGAUCCUUGUGUCCGCUCUCAGCCAACUCAUGGUCUCCAGUCCACCCUACAGUCUGAGCCCAAGACCGUCGGUGGGUCACAUCCACAGGCGAGUCACUGACCACCUGAGCGUCGUCUAUUAUGUGGCAGACACCUUCUCUGAGGAGUACACAGGCUCCAGCCUCAAAACAGUUGAACGGAAUGUGGAAGACGAUUAUAUAGCCAACCUCCGAAACAACUGCUGGAAGGAAAAGCAGCAAAAAGAAGGUUUGCUGUACCGGGCCCGCUACUUUGGCGACACAGACAUGUAUCAUAGAGCACAGAAGAUGGGCACCCCAAGCUGCAGUCGGCUGUCAGAGGUGCAGGCCUCCCUGCAUGGAUAGUCCUGGGCCAGCCACACCACCCAGGUCCAAACUAUGAAAUCCCUGGAGAAUUUUUGGUGACACGAACUGAGCCAAGGUGAUGGACUAUAUAUUUAAGGAAAGACAUACACAGAAAAAAAUUAAAAUGGAAUUGAGGCCGAAUGCCGCACAACUGCCCUCUCUCUCACCCAGUAAAUGCAGAAGCUCUUAGGACAGACAGAAAACCUGCCACAGGGCUGCUUCCUUCCCUCCCAGGGCUGGCAGAGGCUCUGCAUCUCUCCCUCCUAGGAUACGGAAACCAUGGCAACAAAAGUAGAAUGUAAAACUUGCAGCAAAUGUCUGUGGGAAGGGCUGGGGGAGGAGGCAUCCAACUGCCUCCCCUCCCUCCCAGGAGCCACCACCAGUCACCUCACAGAAGAAGCAAGGCAGAGGCAUUGGCCAAGGAUAGAGAGGAGGAAAGAACUCUCCACAGAAUGUAACUUACAGAUGUGUGCGUAUGUAUAUAUAUAUCUAUUUAUAUGUAAAUAGGCAUAUAUAAAGAUAUAUAUAUAUAGACAUAUAUAUAUAUAUAUUCUACUUUUUAAACUAUGCAGGGAUUGGGUUAA